AUGACGAGAGGAGCUGUUAUUUGCGUGAACCAUGGAAGUGGUCCAAUGCCUGUUCUUGGAGAUGAGUACCACACGGAUGUCACCAAAUCGCUCCAGGAGACUAUUCCUAGAAUCCUGCGACUGGGGACUCCUGAAGCCCCACGUGCUAUUCUAGUUAUUACCGCACACUGGUCCGAAAAUUAUCCCACCGUUUCGUCAGCUGACAAGCAUGAGCUGUACUAUGACUAUCGGGGUUUCCCUCCGCAAAGCUAUUCGCUGAAAUAUGAUGCGCCCGGUUCGCGUCGUGUGGCAGAAGAGGUAGGUAAGGCGCUUGAGAACGAAGGCUUACGUCCCGUGCUGGAUGAUAAACGAGGUUGGGAUCAUGGGGUUUUUAUUCCAUUUAUGCUCAUCAAUCCGCUAGCCAAUGUUCCCCUCGUUCAAAUAUCUGUGCUUCUUAGCGAAAACGCACAGGAUCAUUUGAACAUGGGACGCGCCUUUGAAAAACUUCGUGACUCUAAUAUUGCUAUCCUCGGUUCAGGGUUUUCUUCAGUUCAUAAUCUGCCUGUGAUGCUGAAGAUCAGUAGAGGUUUUCUUCCCAUGUCGUCGUUCCAGGCCAAUUAUGAAGCUUGGAACAAGAGCCUUACAGGAGCAGUUUUGGAGGAAAACGCGGAUGAGCGUUGCAGGAAACUCGAGAAGUGGAGAGGAUUUCCUCACAGCGAUGAAAUGCACCCCCCGGCAAGAGCAGAGCACUUUCUACCCCUUCUUGUUUGUGCGGGCGCUGCGGGUGAUGAGAAGGGUGAGGUUCUUCAUGACAAGUUUGGCGAAUUCGAUAUCUAUUCGUACUAUUGGAGUUAG